UUAUGCUGCGAGUAGCGUAGUCAUUCGUUGUCGGACGCGCUGAUCACGAUGGAACCACCGUCGUCGUCGUCAUCGUCGUCGUCAUGGUUAUUCUCGUCGCCUUUUGCGUUUUUGCUGACCACUUUGGUCGCAAUCGGCGUGCUCAAAGUUACCGGCUUUGUGUAUCGUCGGUUUACGUACUGGAUGAAACACGGUGUCCCUUAUAAACCCAGCCUGGGAAUAUCCUGGAAUUUGAUUCUGCAACGUAUGCAUUUCGCCGACUACUGCCAGUAUAUCUACAACUAUGUGCCAGACGCCAAGUACAUCGGCCUUAUGGAUAUGUCCACACCUGUUGUCCUUCUGCGCGAUCCUGAACUGAUUAAGGACGUAAUGGUGAAAGACUUCGAGCACUUCCCGGAUCAUAAGACCUUCUCGAACGAAGAGGUAGACCCGUUGUUCGGUAAGAAUGUCUUCUCCUUGCGUGGCAAUCGCUGGAAAGAAAUGAGGAACACGCUGAGCCCUUCCUUUACCGCCAGCAAGAUGAAGGUUAUGUUCGAGCUAGUGUCCAAGUGUGCCCGCGAGUUCGCCGAAUACCUGGCCGAUCAUCCAGAGCUGUGCUCCUCCAUCGACACGAAGGAGGCUUUCAGACGAUAUACUACCGACGUGAUCGCCACGUCAGCCUUCGGCAUCAGCGUUAACUCCAUGAAGGAUCAGAACAACGAGUUUUUCAUCAGGGGACUCGAGAUUUCCAAGAUCAAUAGCUUCAAGGCUAUGCUAAAAUUCAUGUUUCUUCAAGCUGCUCCGCGAUUAGGGAAGUUGCUAGGCAUUACCAUUUUCUCUCCGGCCUCGUCGCAGUUCUUCAAGAGAAUCGUAGCGGAGACGAUCAGAGUCCGAAAAGAACAAGGUAUCGUUCGGCCAGACAUGAUUCACUUGCUGAUGCAAGCUCAGGACAAGGAGGGCCCCAGUGUGCAUGAGUUUACGUUGGACGACAUUGUCGCCCAGGCUCUAAUCUUCUUUCUCGCCGGUUUUGACACGACGGCGACGCUCAUGUGCUUCGUCGCCCAUGAACUCGCAGUGCAUCGAGACAUCCAAGACCGCCUGUGGGAGGAGGUGGAGAAGCAUUUUGCCGAGGGAAAUGGUGAGAUCACGUAUGAGGCAAUGUCGAAGAUGGCUUACAUGGAUAUGGUAUUGUCGGAAGCCUUACGGAAAUAUCCACCGGUGGUCCUCACUGAUAGGCUCUGCGUUAAGAGAUAUGAGUUUCCGCCGGCAAAGCCUGGCUUCAAGAACGUCGUCUUCGAGGCCGACUAUACAACAUGGGCGCCCGUUUACGCGCUGCAUCAUGAUCCUAAGUAUUUCCCGAAUCCUUCCAAGUUUGACCCCGAGAGGUUCAGCGACGAGAACAGGAACAACAUUGUGCCAUACACUUAUAUGCCCUUCGGUCUAGGGCCUAGAAAAUGUAUCGGCAAUCGCUUUGCUCUCAUGGAAACGAAGCUCUUGGUGGCUCACCUUCUUCGCAUAUUCGUCUUCAAGACUACGGAGAAGACUGUCGAACCUAUCGUGUUUGAUAAGAAGCAGUUCGCAAUGCAGCCUAUUGGCGGAUUCUGGAUUGCUUUGGAAAAGAGGCAGAAGUGAAACUGGAUAUCGUAGGAGAGAGGAAUAGUGCAUUCUACAUCUUCUAUGAUGUUUAGUCAUUCUAUAAUUAAGACAUUCAGUAUGCGUAUGUUGAUAAGAUAGCUGUCGGGAGUAGUCGGAAUCCGCGAGGCUUGUUUUAUUAUGACACGAAGGUCAAGCGUUUUUUCAUGUGUGAUAGCAAUAAGCUCCUCAUAUUUGGUGCCGACUUUUGCCAUGCAAAAUAACAAUCGAAUGCCAUUGUUGCUGUUUUAUAUUUUUAUCACGUUAAUCUUUUAUCAUAUACAU